AUGGCCAACAGAUUCGUCCCUGGAGGCACCAUCGGACCAGCAGGCCAAGAAGCCGUCGUGGCAGACGAGCAUGCGCCGCGAGCCCAGCUAUCCGACAGCACGACGGAAUGGGAGGCUGUCCAACAGGAGCUUGAGCAGGAUCGAAAGAGGAGAGAGGAGCAGAGACUGAAAGCCGCCACGGGGGAGGAGAAGAGUCUAUACGAUAUAUUGCAGGCUAACAAAGCCGCGAAACAAGCCGCUUUCGAAGAGCAGAACAGGAUCCGGAACCAGUUCCGAGCGCUGGACGACGACGAGAUUGAGUUCCUGGACGAGGUGGUGGCUUCCAAGAGGAAGGAGGAGGAGCGGGUGCGGAAGGAGACGGAGGACGGGCUGAGGGCGUUUCGGGAGCAGCAGCGGAGGACGGGUGGCGGCGGCGGCGGCGGCGGCGGCGACGGCGGCGAGGGGGGCGAGGAGGAGCCCGUGGAGGGAUGGAGUCUGGGGAGGAAGCGCAAGAGGGGGAGGGAGAGGGAGCGAGGGCUCGUCAGGAGGAAGACGGGGGACGACGAGGGGCGGCAGGACGUGCGGGCGGCGGGCGGCAGCGAGGGCGGCAGCGAGGGCGGCAGCAAGGGGCGGCAGCCGGCGCUGGAACACGGGGCGAGCAAGGACACGGGCAAGAAGGCGGUUGGGCUGGUAAGCUACGGCUCGGACGACGGCUCGGAUGACUGA